AUGUCCUCUUACAGCUCGCUACUGCCGUCCGCGGCGAGAACGGCAUUGUCAUCAUGUCGGUCGCCUCUUCGUGGGAAGCCCAUUGCUCCCUUUCUUUCGCUCCAGCAAGUUCGAGGAGCCAAAAGCAAUCCCCAGGCUAAAAAGAAGGGUAAAGCAGCCAAGAAGGACAAAAAGGGAGCACGGGAAUACGCGCAGAAGGACUUGAAGGACAUGGAGCAGUUUACUCUAUGCGAUGCAAUGAGAUAUAUCCGCGCAUUCGAAGUCGGUCGUGAGCCUACCAUUUCCAAAUACGAGAUCCAUAUUCGUCUAAAAACCAAAAGGGACGGACCCGUUAUUCGCAACAUGGUCAAAUUCCCUCAUCCAGUACAGACAGAAUCGCGAAUCUGCGUCGUGUGCCCCCCGGGGUCGAAACAUGAGAAAGAGGCCCGUGAAGCCGGAGCCGUAUUAGUAGGAGAGCAGGAGGUUUUCGAUUCCGUGAAGAAGGGCCAGAUAGAGUUUGAUCGCCUUAUUUGCCAUCCAGACAGUCUCGAGGCCCUGAACAAAGCUGGGUUGGGUAGGAUUCUCGGUCCUAGAGGCUUGAUGCCCAGUGUGAAGACAGGCACUGUUGUGGAAGAUGUUGCCGCACGAGUUGAGAUGCUGCGUGGAGGUACCAUUUACAGAGAGAGGGAUGCUGUGAUCAGGCUUCCUAUCGGGCAACUAGCAUUCUCUCCAGAGCAGCUGCGAGAUAACCUGCGCGCGACCAUCGACCAGGUCAAGAAAGAUGCAUCAUCUCUCAGUGAACGCAUCAACAAGGAAAUAUAUGAAGUGGUUCUGAGCUCGACAAAUGGCCCUGGCUUGAGUUUGAACGGAGACUUCAAGUCUGACAGUUCCCCUGAUACAACGGCGUUAGCCGGUCUGUAA